AUGUCAUCGUCUCCGUCGAACAACAACACUAUCCCCUCCGUCGCAAACCCGCCGGACCCGGAGUUUCCAUUCACCAAAGCAAACUCAACGACGUCGUCUUCUUCUCCUUCUCCGCCUUCCUUCAUCAGACCUGCCUCUCUACCUCCGGCGACUCGUGCAGACGACGGAGGCUUGGGGAGGGCAGCAUUAGCGGUGCUGAUUACUGGAGUAGUUCUCGGAGCUACGAUUGUUCUAAUCGGAGUCUGUAUUUUCGUCUGCUUCUAUAAAAGGAAGAAGAGGAAGUUGAAGCGAAGAGACGCCGAAGCUGCUAUUAAUGGAGGAGAUCCGAAAUUAGAUAACACUAAUAAUCUUGAGCAGUGGAAUCAAAGUAGCACAACCAACAACUCAGAGAUUGCACACAACUUGUUCACAUAUGAAGAUUUGGCUAAAGCAACUGAUAACUUCUCUAAGAACAACUUGAUUGGACAAGGUGGGUUUGGUUAUGUUCACAAAGGUGUUCUUUCAGACGGAACAGAGGUUGCGAUCAAGCAGCUUAAAGCUGGAAGCGGACAAGGAGAACGAGAGUUUCAAGCGGAGAUUCAGACCAUCAGUAGAGUUCAUCACAGGCAUCUUGUUUCAUUACUUGGUUAUUGCAUAACCGGAUCUCAGAGAUUGCUUGUUUAUGACUUUGUGCCUAACAAGACUCUCGAGUUUCAUUUGCAUGAGAAAGGGAGACCUGUAAUGGAGUGGCCAAAGAGGAUGAAGAUUGCUUUGGGUGCAGCUAAAGGAUUGUCUUACUUACAUGAAGACUGUAAUCCUAAAACAAUACACAGAGAUGUAAAAGCUGCAAAUAUUCUGAUUGAUGAUAGCUAUGAGGCUAAGUUAGCAGAUUUUGGACUGGCAAGGUCUUCGUUAGACACUGAUACGCAUGUUUCCACUCGGAUUAUGGGAACAUUCGGUUACUUGGCUCCUGAAUAUGCUUCUUCUGGUAAACUCACUGAUAAGUCAGAUGUCUUCUCGUUCGGAGUGGUGCUUCUUGAAUUGAUCACCGGACGCAGACCUGUUGAUAAAUCACAGCCUUUUGCUGAUGAUGACAGCAUCGUUGAUUGGGCGAAACCUCUGAUGAUACAAGCUCUAAACGAUGGCAACUUCGACGGUCUUGUUGAUCCGCGGUUAGAAGAUAACUACGAUACAAGUGAAAUGACGAGAAUGGUUGCUUGUGCUGCUGCUAGUGUCCGUCAUUCAGCUAAACGCCGUCCAAAGAUGAGCCAGAUAGUACGAGCAUUUGAAGGAAACAUAUCUCUAGAUGACCUAACGGAAGGAGUCACUCCAGGUCACAGCACUAUAUACAGCUUAGACGGGAGCUCGGAUUAUAGCUCAACGCAGUAUAAAGAAGACUUGAAGAAAUUCAAGAAAAUGGCACUUGAGAGCCAGACGUUUGGUGGUGGUAGCAGCGAAUGUAGCGGUUUGACCACCAGCGACACCACCGGUCAGAACCCGUCUGGUUCCUCUAGCAUCACCGAAAACCAACUUCCACCGCAAGAGAUCGAACCGGAGAAGAAAACCGAUGAGACAAGAAGUUGA